UCUCAAUCAGGCAGAUUAAUCACGGUGCUUCUCGCUCGACAACAGCUUUUACCUGCAUCCGUGAAAGCUGCACUCAGCUGAUAAUUAGUUUUACCCUGUUACUGUCAAGAGCAUAGCCAUACCAUCCUCUCGGAUCACUGACUGAUGCUGGCUGCUGGUGCAUGGGAUCGUGCCAUGUACUAACACAAUGGCCAUGCAUGCAGUAUAAGUACUUACUGAAAGCAGGUGCCACCAUCAUCCGGCUUGCAGUAAUAUUGCAAUGGGUGUUGCUUCGAUUUCGAGGAUGGAACACAGUCGCAGGGCUCUUCUCUGCACUCUCCUGCUCGCCGCUCUCGCCGUCGGCGGCGCUCGCGGCGCCGGCAGCUCGUUCAACAGGUCCAGCUUCCCCGAGGGGUUCAUCUUCGGCACCGGCACGUCGGCAUACCAGUACGAAGGAGCGGUCGAUGAGCGAGGCCGGAACAUCUGGGACACCUUCAGCCACACUCCAGGUAAAACAGCAGACGGUGGCACUGGGGACGUAGCAAAUGACUUCUAUCAUCGGUACAAGGAGGAUCUGAAUUUCAUAACUGCGAUGAACAUGGACACCUUCCGUUUCUCCCUUGCGUGGAGCAGGAUCCUACCAAAUGGAACCAUCAGCGGAGGAGUGAGCAAAACAGGGGUCGCUUUCUACAACAGCCUCAUCGACGAGGUCGUAGCCAGAGGCCUGACGCCGUUCGUGACGAUCUCCCACUUCGACACCCCACAGGCACUGGAGGACAAAUACGGAGGCUUCUUGAGCGAAAACCUCGUGAAGGACUACGUGGAGUACGCGGACCUGUGCUUCAGUCUAUUCGGCGACAGAGUAAAGCUCUGGAACACGUUCAACGAGCCGACCGUCUUCUGCAUGAACGGCUACGGCACGGGCAUCAUGGCGCCAGGCCGCUGCUCCGACGCCUCCUCCUGCGCCGCCGGAGACUCCGGGACAGAGCCUUACACGGCGGCACACACUCUCCUCCUAGCCCACGCUCAAGCCGUGAAGCUCUACCGAACAAAGUACCAGCAAUCCCAGCAGGGCCAGAUCGGGAUCACCCAGGUCUCCCACUGGUUCGUGCCCUACGACCCGAGCUCAGACGCCGAUCUCCACGCACAGAAACGCGCGUUAGACUUCAUGUUCGGGUGGUUCAUGCACCCCAUCGUGUACGGGGAGUACCCGGGCACGAUGCGGCGGCUGGUCGGGGCGAGGCUGCCGGAGUUCACCACGGAGCAGAAGGAGUUGCUCAAGGGGAGUUUUGAUUUUAUCGGGCUGAAUUAUUACACGAGUAAUUAUGCCAAGGCUGCUCCGGCGCCUAAUAAGCUUGAGAAGCCGUCUUAUGGGACGGAUAAUCGGGUUAACCAGACUGGUUUCCGCGACGGCGUCCCCAUCGGCCCACCGGCGUACACGCCGAUCUUCUACAACUACCCGCCGGGGCUGCGGGAGCUGCUGCUGUACGCCAAGAAGAGAUACAACAACCCCGCCAUAUACAUCACCGAGAACGGGACUGACGAGGCGAACAACAGCACGAUCCCGAUCGAGGAGGCGCUCAAGGACGAGACCCGGAUCAUGUUCCACUACAACCACCUCAAGUUCGUGCACAAGGCCAUCCAGGAGGGCGUGAACGUGAAGGGCUACUUCACGUGGACGUUCCAAGACUGCUUCGAGUUCGGGGACGGGUUCAAGGACCGCUUCGGCCUCAUCUACGUCGACCGCGACACGCUCAAGCGCUACCGCAAGAGGUCCAGCUACUGGCUCGAAGGUUUCCUCAAGAAAUGACCAGAAUUCUGCUCGAGCCACGUACGGUAUAUACAUAUAUAUGCAUGUACGUAUAAGCUGUCGUCGUCGCAGCAAAUGAAAUAAGCUCGAUCGAUCGAGCGGGUCUAGCUUGUUUUGUGUGACAAAUAUGUAUGUGUGUACGUAAUUACGAGCCUUAAUUAUGUCAGUCGUCGUCGCUUUCACAGCUUUUUUUUCUUC